CCCCCGUGCAUGUGACGGAGAUGGUUUGCUUCGUCUUUUCCCGUCUCCUCCUCUUCUCUCUCCUCCCCCACCUCCAAAGGACAGAUGGUACAUUCCUCUGGUACAGCAUUCAGACUUGAGAGCCAUUCUCUAGCAAAGAGCUUGCUGGCAAGUCAGCGUGUGCUUACAGAGAUCACCCCAGGCUGGGCAAGCAGCGAUUCCGGAGCCUGGCACCAGGGCCUCCCCUCAUCUCAGUCUAGGGUGGCAUGACACUUUUUGGCAGCAGGGAAGGGUGCUGGAGAUAUCUAGAUAUGGCCCGAGAACCUAAGCUGAGCCAUACCAGACCUGGUCAGAAGAGGCAACAUGGUGGAGGCCUGUACCACAGCAGUGAUCUGGACUAUGAGGUCUACAAAGAGGAUUUCCCAUACAGAGUUUAUGAAUACCAGAAGAUCCCUCCUCUUAUCAGUCACAUCCCUGUCAAGACCAAGCGAAGCCACCUAGGGGCUGGUGGCAAGAGCACCCUGGGCCCUCACACAGGGUUGAAAAGCAGCAGCAACUCUGUGGCAGGUCGUACAAAGUUGCGAGCAGAGGAGCUACACUCCAUCAAAGGGGAACUAAGUCAGAUCAAAGCCCAGGUGGACAGUUUACUCGAGAGCCUGGAUAAGAUGGAUCAAAGACGGGAGCAUCCAACAGGCUCCAAGGAAGUCAAGAAGAAAAAUCUAUCCAGUGGGGAGUCCUCAUACUCAGCAGGGGAUACAUCCUGGAAGAAGGAGAGUGCAGCAAAUGAUGGACACACCGCUACACAGGAGGUCGACAGUGCCGAUGAGAGCACAGAUACUGAAGAGGCGGCGAGAAAUCACACGUUGGAUCCCGAGAGCAGCCAGUAAGCGCCCCGCAGCACCAUCGUCCCUCGCCCAGCAUCCCCUUUCCUGUGUUUUGUAUUUCUUUCAAUGCCUCCAACCUAGCGGUGAGUCAGUCAGUUACGUCAACGCUCAGUGCUGGUGUAGAGAGAAAAGUUGUGACCCAGCCUCACCAGCACCUUUCCCUGGUCUGGAAGAGAGAGACAGACAGACUCAUAGGACGUGCAGAAGGAGAGGAACCAAUGCAUUCUUUGUUGUGAAAACGUAAAUAUGCCGACCUGGGAAGAGGGUGGGGAAAGCAAUGGGAUUGCACAACCAAACCAGCCCACCAUUAAACAGAAAUAAAAGCCAUAGCAGUCUCCUAUGGCUAUGAUGUAUUGUUUAGGUGUACCAGCUAAGUAAGUAUCCUGGACAGCCACAAAUCUUACUGUCUUAUGUCUGAUCUUUACAUUCUCAUUUUGCGUCUUAUUUAUUAAAACAUUUAUAUCCCA